AAAUUACAGCUUUGGCACUAGGACACGUCACGUUUAUACACACUAAUGUAAAGGGCGUGUACAGCGGAAGAAAAAAAAGAAGCAGAUGGACGUUUAUAAAAGGCGCGUUUACAGCACCAUUCAUUCCGAAGGACUGAAAUCUACAAUUUCUGAACUUUUCAAGACCUGUUUGACUGCGAACAUUAUCCUGCACUCUUCUGCGCUGAAGCUGUCAGAAACUGAAGUGGAGGAUCAGCUCGCUUGGAGCAGUUCAUCCGUUCUAGGAACAAACGCUAAUCAAUUCUUUAUUUCAAGACUAUAUCAUAGAAGUGGAAUGUAAACUCUUGCCAUUUCUAGACCAGAAGCCAGAGACAUCCUCCCCAAAAUAACUCUUGUGCUUCAUGAGAGCACCGUUGGAUUACCAAUCAAAUCUAAACCAAACACAAACCAUAUAGAAAUUCAUCUGACAGAUGGCGGAUGCUUCCGUUUCCUUCUAGAAAGACAGCAAACCAAAGGAAUAAGAGAUUUUAUGUGCAUUUGCUUGCAUCUUUACUCAAAUAAACCUAUUUUUUCCAGACAAUUCCAUUUUGAACUGUGAUAGUAACUUUAAACAUGUUAAAUAAAGGACCAAUGAUGGAGGCGGCGGAUAUCGCAGUUGUGGCACUUUAUUUUGUACUUGUGCUUGUGAUUGGUCUGCUCGCCAUGUGGAAGUCCAACCAUAGCACUGUCAGUGGCUACUUCCUGGCAGGUCGAACUAUGAAUUGGGUGGUGAUAGGCGCCUCACUGUUUGUCAGCAACAUUGGCAGCGAGCAUUUCAUUGGCCUCGCUGGUUCUGGUGCAGCAAGUGGUUUUGCAGUGGGCGCCUGGGAGUUCAAUGCCCUCCUUCUGCUGCAGCUGCUUGGCUGGGUGUUCAUCCCAGUCUACAUCCACUGUGGAGUUUACACCAUGCCAGAGUACCUCUCCAAGCGCUACGGAGGCAAACGGCUAAAGAUUUAUUUUGCUGCCCUCUCACUUCUGCUGUAUGUCUUUACUAAACUCUCAGUGGACUUGUACGCAGGAGCUCUUUUCAUUCAGGAGUCUCUUGGCUGGAAUCUCUACCUAUCAGUCGUCUUGCUUAUCACUAUGACUGCCUUCCUGACAGUGACCGGUGGACUGGUUGCUGUGAUCUACACAGACACUCUACAGGCCGUGCUCAUGAUUGGCGGUGCAUUGACCCUUAGCAUCAUGGGUCUGAUCAAGGUAGGCGGUUUGGAAGGGGUGCGGGAAAAAUACAUGGAAGCAGUCCCUAAUGUCACCGCCAUCCUGGCUAACAGCAACUUCAGCUUCCAAUACACAAACUCCUGCCGAAUCCAUCCCAAGCCAGAUUCUCUCAAGCUCCUACGAGGACCGCUUGAUGAGGACAUCCCUUGGCCGGGCUUUCUGUUGGGUCAGACACCCUCAUCCAUUUGGUACUGGUGUGCUGACCAAGUCAUCGUGCAGAGAGUCUUAGCUGCCAAGAAUAUCGUCCAUGCCAAAGGCUCCACACUAAUGGCAGGAAUGCUUAAGAUCCUUCCCAUGUUUAUCAUCGUUAUCCCAGGAAUGAUCUCAAGAAUACUGUUCCCAGAUGAGCUGGCGUGCAUCGGACCAGAGCACUGCAUGGCUGUUUGUGGCAGUCAAGCUGGCUGUUCCAACAUCGCCUACCCUCGGCUGGUCAUGAGCGUGAUGCCGGUGGGUCUCCGAGGGUUGAUGAUGGCUGUGAUGAUUGCUGCCCUCAUGAGCGACCUGGACUCGAUUUUUAACAGCGCUAGCACCAUCUUCACAUUGGACAUUUAUAAAAUGCUGCGUGUAUGUGCAUCCUCCCGUGAGCUGGUGGUGGUCGGCAGGAUGUUUGUGAUCUUCAUGGUGGCUAUCAGCAUCGCUUGGGUGCCUGUCAUUAUUGAGAUGCAAGGAGGUCAAAUGUACCUGUACAUCCAGGAAAUUGCAGGAUACCUCACACCUCCCAUUGCUGCCCUCUUUUUACUCGGAGUCUUCUGGAAACGUUGCAAUGAGACCGGCGCAUUUUGGGGAGGUAUGACUGGGUUUGUGCUUGGCACCACCCGCCUUAUCCUUGGCUUUGUAUAUCGUGAGCCAAGAUGUGACCAGCCAGAUGAGCGUCCAGCUUUCAUUACUCAUAUCCACUACAUGUACGUUGCUGCCGGGCUGUUUUGGAUUUCCGGGCUGGUGGCUGUGGGUGUCAGUCUGUGCACACAACCGCCAGAAGUGGAGAAGGUCAAGCGUACCACAAUCUGGGGCUUGAGAAAGCUGCUUAAGAUUCCUGUGACUGAACGAGAGGAGAUGUACAAACUCACUAAUGGCAAUGGUGUCCUCAAGAAAGAUGUGCCUGAGGAUGUCCAGAAGGAGAGACGUCUUGAUGGGGCUGACAUGAAACUCCUUAUGCCCUCGUCUUGUAACCAAGAUCCCGCGACCCCCAGCACAGAGGCAUCCACGCCAAUGGAGCUGUACAGCAAUGGUCAUGCAAAGCUUGUGAAAGAGAAGGAUGAAGUCAAGUGUGAUGAAGAGAGCUGCCUGCAAGUAUUUGACUGGAUUUGUCAUAAGGAGAAAAGGUCUUUCAUCGUACCCAAAGUCAUUGAAGAAGAUGAAGAAGCUGUCCGUCAAAUGCUUUAUGAAUCCCCAAAGAUCAAGCUGUUACUUAACUUAGGCCUUGUAUUGGUUUGUUCAGUGGGUGUCUUCAUGUUUGUGUACUUCUCCUUGUAAUGUGGCCUGCGUGAAAGACAGCACAUUUUAUAUGAACUGUAUGUUUUUAUAAGUCAUCUAGGGUCUGUAAUAUUUACAGUGUCAUUUCUUUCAUUUUAUAAUUUCCUUUUGGGGAUCAUUCUGAUAGAAGUUAUUUAUUGUUUCUCCUUGGCUCUGUGUCACACCUCCUUGAAAAUAUUUAAACUCUUCCUCGUGGUAUGUUGAUGACCAAAUGCAUUAUUGAAACAAGAGCUUUUAUAUAGUUUAUGGUUGGUCGAGUUAAGCAAUUGUAGGAUUUGCUGUUUUUCUUCUUGGUGAAUUUUGCCUUAAUAUUGUCACUCGUGUAACUGGAAUCAUAUUUCCUCUUUAUGUGAAAUGGAAAUUGUGAAAAUUAUGAAUUUUAAUUGAGAAAAGUUGGGAAAUUUAUUGUAAGAUUCAAAGAUUUUAUUUAAAAAAAAUCUUUUGCACAAAAAGAUGCCAUAUCACUAAAGUGUUGUGCCGUCUGAUUAAACCUGGUACCUUGGUGUACAUUUCCAAAUACAAGUAAGACUAUUUAGGUCCAUUAAUGUAAAUUGUAACUGUAACUCUAUGUAAUUUGUUGUAUUUUCAUUUCUUUGUAUUUAGAGCUACUUUCAUUGGGGGUGAAAAAACACCAAAAUGCCUUUUGUGCAGAGCAUAAGAGCCUGCUUUGUCUUUAUUUUGGGAAUAUAAGUUAAUGUGAAAAAGGCUUUCAAGAUGUUUUCGAUCCAAAACAAAUCAACUAUAAAAUGCACAGACUGGCCAUGUGGAUGUUACUGAAUGACCCUCAGAACCGCCACAAGAAAGACUCAAGCUUGAGAGCACUGUCAUUAAUGUUGUAAUCUGAUAAUAUGAUAUCCCAAAACAGGUUAUUAAGACUGGGAUGUCCAAUUUUGAUUGCUGCGCAAAAUAAUAUCUUGUUCUUCUAGAAGAAGAAUUUGAGUAUGGCUGCGGUAACGGGCAUUACCUGUUGUUGAUCUGCUGUUGAAUGCUCGGUUUGUUCAGAAAAAGGGGAACUGGAUGGCCUUAGUGAAAAUGAAAUGGGCGUGAGGGAUUUUGUAAACAGAUGUAACUUAUUUUUUUAAGUGCAAACUCACAAUGUUGUAUUAAUAAAUGUAUUAAUACUUUGACAUCCAAGCCCGUCAUUUUAAUGAAAAUUUAACCCAAAGGUGCAACAAAAUUAUUAUGAAGAGGUGCAAUGUUUAUUUUGUGUCAUGGUUUGUUUUUUUUUCUCGUUUUUUUUUUUUUUUUUUUUUUUUUUAAAUCUGCCUUCAAAAAUCCUUUUCAUCAUAACCAAAUAAAAUAAACUGGGGUUAAAUUGGCUGAUCAUUGUUUUACAUUUUAAAUUAAAAUUGUAUUUUUUUUUAUCCAUUUUAAUAAAGAUAUCUUUGUAUUGGAAAAACAGGUAAAUAAAUCAAAUGAAAGUUAAAUAGAGACCUUAUUAAUGAUUUGGUUUUGGUCUCUUAUGUUCCAUGUCAAAGUUACUGAAGUGAUUCCCAUUUCUUUGCAACUAACAGUUAAUCUUAUUCUGAUUAAGUUCAUACUAGUUCAUAGCGUUUAUUAUAACAAUCACUAAAGUAAAUACUGGGGUUGACCUCAAUCUCAGUGAAGCAGUACAGUUAUAUUAUUGCUUAAGGUGUAAUAAAUUAACUUAAAUGUAAAAUUGCAAAAUUUGGGAGCUGUUGUGAUUAUCUGAGGCCUAAAUGAUAGUUUGUACUCAUCCAAAACUGAUAUCUCUUUGCAUUUACAAAAUAUAGGUAAACAAUUUUCUUUUUUUUCUUUUAUUUGUAGUAGACAGAGCAUCUUAUAGCACACAUUGAACACUUGUAUGCGUAGAUGUCUUUUUUUAUUUAUUGGCAAUACCAUACUAACUUGCUUAGGGGUGUGGAAGUGAUUGUUGGUUUUGGGUACACCACGGAUUUUUCAAACCAAAACCCAAAGUUUUUGAAUAUUUAUCCAUGCACUUAGAAGUAAAAUGAUGACGAGGUUCUUUUUUUUUUUUUUUUUCACUUUUAUGUUGUUUGUGUUUGAUAAUGUGAAUUUUAAUAGACUGUUAGUUCAUUUAAUAUCAUCCUCUAUGGUACUUUUUUUUUUAACAUGGCCUUUCAUGACAACAAAAGGGUUUUGUGUUUUAUUUGAUUUCAAUGGAUCUUGUUUUACAUUUGUACAUUUGUAUUGAAUGAUGUAUAGAUACCAGAAAUUUCUUUUGUGUUUUAGUUUAGAGUGUGUACAUCCCUUAGGAUAUGUUGCAUAAUAUGGGCUUUAUCAAUUCAUUGUGAAACAUUCCAUAAGCUAAAAAAAAAUGCUUAUGGAGUUUAUUGCUUUCAAUCUCUGAUCUAUUCAGACAUACACAAAUGAUUUGUACAUUUGCUACUUUUAUUAUCAAAAGUUGCGGAUGAAUAAAAAGACAUUCAUUUGAGAACGACAAA